GUCUUCUCCUCUUUUUGGUGAACAACUCCUUCAAGUCUACUUUGUGUCUCCAUGGCCACAUGCUUCUUCUUGGACACUAUUGUUAUUCCAAGCCAUGUGAUCUUCUUCCUUACCUUGUUUUCAACUACCCUUUAAAACAUUCAAAUUCUAUACCUUUCGUGAAAAGAAGAGGGAUAAAUGAAUGAUUAAAACAUAUGGGUCCAUAAGUUGGCCGGAGAAGUUAGAAGCCAUUGAAGAGACAGAUAAGACCUGCCAAGUUGAUGAUAAGAUUGAAGAAAAUGGAAAGAGAUGGGAAUGAAUAUCUAUUCAUAGCACAAAGAACUAUCCAGGAUGGGAAUAGGGAACAUAUACAGCCCAAUAUAUGCUCUAAAGCAGCCAUGGAAGUCGAGCAUAUCAAAAUGCUAUACACAAAAUCAAAAGGAAGUAGCAGCAACAAUCCAAAUCAUGAUCGGCCUAAACUACAAACUACUAUCUCCAUACUAAGCAUUACAUCAGAAAAACCAGCAGCCAGAGGGUUUUGUGAUGUGAUCUCAAGCCUUCCAUCCAGCGGGGUAAGAGUUGUCCCUCCUGUUGUUCCUGAAAGCACAGCACCCGACGGAGUAGACGAUGAUGAGGAAGAUGAGGAAGACGAUGUUGACUAUGGCCACACGCUUCCAGUCGCGCUUGAGGUUGUCGAGAAGACCGGCCUUGCAAGAGUUGCAGUUGAAGCAGAGUACAUCAGGCUGGUUGUCCCAAGCGGCGCAGUCGGGGUUUGAUGAGUUCGUAAUGGUCUUGGUCCAUGUUGUUGGGUUCACGUAGGUGUAGCCGCAUUCAUCUGAUGGCUUGCAGCAUCCAGACUGAUGAACACACAAAGAAACAAACUUUGAUCAGUGUCCAGAUCAUCAAACAGUGGAAUACCUCAAAAUGCAUAUGUUUAGACACAACCAACAACAGACACUGAAUGAAUUUUCAUGCAGAAAAAAAUAAUGAAAAUUUAGAUAAGUACCCAGUUCAUCAGAGACAUUCCUAAAUGCAGAGUUUGAGCAACUGAGAACAGAUACCAUAUGCACUUGCAUGGAGCAACUUCAGCUAAAUGCCUUCGAAAUGGUGAGCUAUUGCAAUUCUAUAUGAACCCAGUUGAGCUACAAAGACUUGAAAUUGACCAUAAUCCACCCUUUAGAGUCUAAACAGACAAGAUUUCAAUAGCAAAAUGAAGCAACUUUGAGAUAAAUUCCCUGAAAAUUG